AUGAAGAAGAAGACAAGACCUAAAAGAGAAGACGAAGUACCUGAAGGAGAAGACGAACACCAGAAGGAGAAGACCAUAGACGAGGACCCGAAUGAGAAGACGAAGUUCGAAGAGGCGAAGGAGACGACGAAGUUCGAAGACGCGAAAGAGACGACGAAGUUCGAAGACGCGAAGGAGACGACGAAGUUCGAAGACGCGAAGGAGACGACGAAGUUCGAAGACGCGAAGGAGACGACGAUGACAGAAGACACGAAGGAGAAGACGAAGACUGAAGACACGAAGGAGAAGACGAAGACUGAAGACACGAAGGAGAAGACGAAGACUGAAGACACGAAGAGAGAAGACGAAGACUGA